CAUGCAUGUAGACAACACCCACAGGCGUAAUGCAAGAGCUCAGCAGUACGGAAACGUACUCAUUGGGCUUGCUAACCGUAGCAUGCAUAGCGGUCCUCAUCAACGCUUGGAGCAGCGAUGGUGAGCCACUGUUCGCUUCCAUUGCCAUCAGCGGGAUUGCCUUUGCCUUCACAUACGGUCUGAUCAGGUGGACUGGUGAUGUCUUCAUCAAGCGUGGUUACAAAGGCCGCGACAUGUCGAAAAAGAAUGCAGUUGUCAUACCGGAGGCCAUGGGCUUGGUAUGCGCACUGGUAUACCUUUUAGCGAUUGUCAAUUUCUUGCCGUUCGCCUUCAAGCGAGACAUCGUCGAGGUCACCACUGGUGGCGGGAACAAAGAUGCUGUCCUUGAAGCCCAAGACAUUGAGAUGGGUCGCUUCUUGCACCGCUUUCCUCUCGAAAAGCUUGCUUCCUACGGCUUCGCAUAUGGUACACUGGCAUCUGUGACCAUACUCGGGAUCCUGGACGAUUCGUUUGACAUGCGAUGGCGACACAAGUUCUUCAUCCCAGCCUUUGCCGCCCUGCCGAUGCUGGCGCUGUACUUUGUUGACUUUGGCGUUACGCACGUCGUCGUGCCAUUACCGUUGCGAAAGUACAUGGGCGAGUUGAUCGAUCUGGGCGGCCUCUACUACUUGUAUAUGGCGGCAGUUGCGAUCUUCUGCCCGAAUUGCAUCAACAUUCUUGCCGGAAUCAACGGGAUCGAGGUCGGACAGUCGCUGGUCAUUGCGCUCCUCAUCGCGCUCAAUGAUAUGCUUUAUUUGCUGCCGAGCGUGCAUCAGCCUCAUCCAGCCGCGGAUUCGCAUCUGUUCAGCAUCUACCUGCUUCUACCGUUCAUUGGCGUCUCGCUGGCACUUUUAAAGCACAACUGGUACCCAGCCAAAGUCUUCGUUGGCGACACUUACUGUUACUUCGCCGGCAUGGUAUUUGCAGUUGUCGGCAUCCUGGGACACUUCAGCAAGACGCUCCUACUGCUGUUCAUCCCGCAGAUUUUUAACUUCGUCUACUCGGUUCCGCAGUUGAUCGGCAUUGUGCCAUGUCCUCGGCAUAGGCUUCCGCACUUCAACGCAAGGACGGGUCUCUUAGAACCGUCAGUCGCAACGUUCAGCAAUGAGAAACCCUUGCGACCCAUUGUAGGAGCCGUGCUGAAGCUGCUCGGCAAAGCCAAGCUCCUGCGCGUUCAGACGGACAAGGAUGGUCGUGUGAUCGAGACGACCAAUCUCACGAUCCUAAAUUUAUGGUUGGUGUGGCGAGGUCCACUGAGGGAAGAUAGACUGGCGGCCGAAAUCCUGGUCAUGCAGUCACUAUGCGGGUUGCUAGGGCUGUGGGUGAGACAUAGCCUCGCCUCACUGUUAUUUACGGCGGACAAUAGAUUUUGAUCUCCGUCACUGGCGCAAAUAGACUUUAGAACGACGCCACGAGCGCUGUCGCUUCACACGGUGGGCAACGAAGCCUACAUAAUACGGCGUUUAUUGAUGUGAAGUAGUGCGCGUGUGCUGUCUCAUGCGACCAGUCUGGCGGCAAUUUCGCUCUAGCAUGAUAUCCGAGGUCUCCCUCAGUGAGCCGUGGCUGCCAUCUGCGUCAGUGGAGCGUUUUAAUUUCCCUUAUCGGUGG